AUGGCCUGUGAUGAGUCUGCAAGGGGCAGCGCUGAUGCUUUCUGGACGUCAUUUUACGUGGUCUUGGUCAUCUCCUUCGGCACUAUCUUGCAUCCCGAGCUGAAGGCAUUCUACAGGCGCGGCCAUGGAGGGAUCAAGAACACGGUGUCGGCCAUCGACACCAUUCUGGCAACAGCCUUCUUGGCGUGCUUGCGCUUGGCUGCGGCUUGGUCAGCCCCUAGGUCAACAUCUACGUCCAGCAAUGACGGGCACAGCGUUCCGUUUCUAGUGAAGUUGAGAUGGGCGGCGCCGCCCGGGAUCUUUGUGUUUCUCGUGAUUACGCUGUCGACCUGGGCCAACUUCUUGAGCUACAAAGCCUACGCUAUGCUGGGCCCCUGCGAGCUGAUCUUUGUUUGGAUCUUCGCCCGCAUCUUGCAAGCAGAGGAGAGGAGGAUCCCAUUUUGUCGCGACCUUCCCGCGGUGAUCUUGACAGCCCUUGGGAGCCUCUUCUUCAGUAUCGCAGAAGUGACGGGCGGCGACCGCACCGGUUUUGGUGCCAUUGUGGCCUCGUUGCUGUGCCGUGCGUGUCAAGCUCUCAUGACCGUUUCCCUGCGGAGCUGCUGCGUAGCCUUGAAGUCUAGUUCCCAGGGCCGCGUAGGUGUCCUCGAGAUCACGUCCUUGAAGCUUCUCGUGACCUCCCUGCUGUGCCUGCCAUAUGCGCUUAUCACCGAGGGCUUCGAACCGUGGACGACCCUUGCCAGCCAGGAGUUUUGGAUGGACUCCACCUCGGCAGUGCUCUUGCUGGGCAGUAUCCUGAUCACGAUGGGCUUCCAGUGGGCCACCGUUGGCGUGAACGCGGGCUUACGGUCGCCACUGGUCGCUGUUCUGCUGGGCACGCUGCAGCCGCUGACGGCCGUCAUCCUGGUGUUGGUUUUCAGUGGCUCGAGUUUCUGUCAGGCUCUGGGCCUUAAGCGCCGGGACUCCCCUUUAGAGAUCGCAGGGAUCUGUUGCUUGGUGGUGGGCCUUUUGCUGGGUGGCCUGGGGGCACUGAGACGGAUCCAAACGCGGCCCUCGCAUCCCCGAAGCCAGACGCUGGAGUUUCUAGAGCACCGAGGGGGCACAUGA